GGAGAUUUGAAGCAAUCAAAAAAAAUGAAGGAAGGGGCGAAUAAGGAGGGCUGUCAAUCCUCCAACGAAUCGGUCUCGGAUGAAUUUUAAAGCAAUAGUAUGGAAUGUGAGAGGUUUGAAAAAACCCUCCAAACACUCUACUAUUUUAAAUUUAGUUAAAUUUCACCAAGCAAGCUUAUGUUGUUUUUUAGAAACCAAAAUGACAAAAAUAAAUAUUUUUAAUUAUGUCUCUAAUAAAUGGCCCGGUUGGUCUUUUGAAACAAACCAUGAUUUUAUUGAUGGGGGGCGAAUUUUAGUGUGUUGGAAUCCUAAUUUAAUAUCAUGCAAUUUGAUUGAAAUGGGGGAACAAUAUAUGCAUUUUAAAUGUCUAUGCCGCACUUCGCAAACUGUUUUCUUUGCUACCUUUGUAUACUCACUUUAUACAGUCUUGAGGCGCAAGGCAUUGUGGGAAUACUUGGCUCUUCUUGGGGAUCAAAUCAAAGACCCGUG